GCUUAAAUAAACUGGGGGAUUUUUCCAACAUCUCGAACGGUGUCGUUAUCAGUGCAGAACCCAUUUCCAGCCUUGGCUUCCGAUUCUUUUUCUAAUCAUUUAUAAUGCACACGCGACGAGGGUGAUCACGUGAACAUCUAAGCAAAUUUCCAACCAGUUUGUCUUUCAUUAGAUCUGUCUUUUUGUAAGGUUAACUUUAACCUAGAAGGUGGGUACAGCGGUAAUCAGUUUGUAGAGUAAUUGUUUGAUUUAAACCAUCGAAACUGAAACGAUACAGUGAGUUGCCGAAAAAUACCGAGGCAUGUUACAUCGGAUUCAAUGUAUGACUUAUGAUUACACGUAUCCCUUUGCGUCUCAUCUACCCCGGGGACAAGUAACGCUAUGGUGGAUUGUCCUGACAACGGCAAACAAACUAGCGAUGCACUUUGGUCACGAACUGAUGUUCUGUCAGAGGCCCGUGAAAGAAUUCUUUUGAAAAGACAAUUACGGCACAGGACUGCGCGCUUAAACAAACGAUGUGAGGUCGAUACUGAUGAUUGUCCAAGAUAUAGAAAAUCGAACAGUGCUAGACAAUCAUUUCCUCAAGCCGAUUCUGAAUUGCUGCAGGAAUUAAUACCUCCCCGGUCAUAUUCGGCACCGUACAGCUACAAUCUAUAUGACGAUAUCUGGAAAAUUAUUGGUCUCGGCCCACCAAGGCCCGCAUUUUCAAACAUGACCAGAGAAUUUUUAGAUAAACAGUCUAAACACAGAAGCUCGAUAAAGGAAGAAGCAAAACAUUCGAGUGAAGCACAAGAAGUAAUUCACCAGUUGAGACCCGAUGCGACAAGUAUAAGUGAUAUCCUGCAACGAGCUGCCCCACUGGAAAGCAUUAACGGUUUACAACAUGAGACGCUACAUACGGACAAUGAACAACUUGAGAACACUUCAGAAUGUAAGUAUGAUACAAAAGAAGUUCAAAAAAUAGAAAAAUACUCAACUCAAGACAACACUAUAGAAUUGGAACUGACAAAUGCGAUGGAUGCACAAGAACAUAAUAGAAUUAAAACAAAACGUAGAAAGAAGAAGCGACGUUUUGACUGGAAAUCGAGAACUAAUUAUUCAAAUGAAGUUAAAAAAACGAGAAACUCACUUAAGUCUACGACGAAAAAUUUAAACCACCGUUCCAAUCCACGAGAACAAAAGUGUCCUCAGACUACAAUAACUGAACAAAAUAUGUACCUUGGAAAUAAUUUUAAGGACAAGCAAAUGACCCUCGAUAAAUGUACAUCCACGUUGCCUCUCAUCACGCCAGAGAGGUUGAUACGCGAAAAAUCAUUUCAGAUGACGUACCCUGGUUAUGAUGUUCGCUUUAAAGAACCGAUUUUAACCCGAGAGCCAACAAAUCCGGGAGUUGACAAGCAAAUACAGAAGGACAUCAGAGAUUCGUCAAUUGAAAAAUGUCGUAUGUGGUUGAAAAACUGGGCAAUUAAUUAAUCUGGCAUUUAAUUAAAUAAUUUAAGAACUUUCACAACAUUUUGCAACGGUUAUCCUUCAUCUUAAUUCAUAGUGAGCUUAAGAUAUCCGUUUUCUUUCUAAACAUCUCUCUCGACAACAAUGCUAUUCGUAGGCAUUAUGAUAAUAUUUUAAGUGUGGAUCGUUCAAAUUUCCACAGGAACUUUUCCCGAUGUAAAGACUAUAGCAUUCCCGUAAAACGAUUUAAACAUUUUUUAUUUUGAUACUGUCAAAUUGUUAAAUCAACGCCGCACAAUAUA